AUGGUGUAUUCUUCUCCCGUUUCGUUCGCGGCGGCGCUGCUGUCCCUGUUCGCGGCCUCCAGUUCGGCUCAGAACUUCACCAUCUCCAACGGUCAGAUCUUCACGCCGGGCCUGGUCAUCUUGGAUGCGCCUCAACCAGGAACCCCGCUGGGCGGAGACAACCUCCAUGUCGCGCUGGACGUGUCGACGAACGGCAAGAUGCCGCUGCCGCCAUAUGCCCAGGACAGUCCGACCAAGAUCUUCAACGUGACCAUGUUCCUGUCCAGCUACACCACUGGCCGCAACUUCACCAUUACGAACGGCACGGCGACGGCUAACAACGCCAGUCUCGGGGACAUCAUGUUCCAGGAGCCCGGCAGCACGGUGAAGCACGUCAACUGGCUCUGGCCCGACUGUCUGGUUGGCAAUGGACAGCCUACCUCAGCCGACAGCGAUCGCGGCGCUUACAACAUCUCUAUCCGCCAAAACUACCGCCUCAACGGCGAAGACCAUUACACCAUCUUCGACGUGCCAAUCUCCGUGACCAACAGUAUUGAGAAGAAGGACGGCCGACCGUCUUGCGACGCGCUCAACAACCCGCUGCUGACGGAGCAGGAGCUCAACGCAACGGCCGCCAAUGCCGUCGGCGUACUCUUCGCGCCGGGCGACUCGACCACCAUCGAGGUCAAGUCUGGUAACGGCGGCAGCGGUGGCGGGCUCAGCGGGACCAAGCCGGAGGCGACACCGGGCGACGGGCUCGGUGCUGGAAACAGCUUGAGCUGGAGGGAUGGCGCGCACUGGUUGUGUCUGGUGAGCAUCGGCGCCGCGUUGAUGCUUUGA